CAGCAAGUCGAUUAUGCUGACUCUCGUACGUCGCUCAGGGGCUCUGGCCCGCACGUCCGCCGUCCGCUGCGCCUCGGCGGUCCCUGUCACCUCUUUGUCCUCGGCUCCCGCCGAGCGUGGCAACAUCCAGGAGCUGCUGGGCGGCAACGCCACAGCCCGCAACGGCGUCGAGUACGUCGUGUCCCGCGUGGAUGACCUGGUAAACUGGGGCCGCAAGAGCUCGCUGUGGCCCAUCACGUUCGGUCUCGCUUGCUGCGCCGUCGAAAUGAUGCACUCCGCUGGUUCGCGUUACGACUUUGAGCGUAUGGGUAUGGUGUUCCGUGCCUCUCCGCGUCAGACGGACGUCAUGAUCGUGGCCGGAACACUGACCAACAAGAUGGCGCCGGCUUUGCGCCGCGUGUACGACCAGAUGCCCGAGCCACGCUACGUGGUCUCCAUGGGCAGCUGUGCCAAUGGUGGUGGCUACUACCACUACUCAUACGCCGUGGUGCGCGGCGCGGACCGCGUGAUCCCCGUGGACAUCUACGUGCCCGGCUGCCCGCCCACGGCCGAGGCGCUGCUGUUCGGACUUAUGCAGCUUCAGAAAAAGGUCAAGGGCAACAAGUCGUUGCUGCUUAAGUUGAGGAAGUAGACAGCGACGUUGACUGCUUGGGGUAAAUACUGCUCCGAGCAUCUGUAUAACGUUGAGAGAAUACACAAAAGCAAAAUGAAUGAACAUU